AUGAAUACCCAAGACAGCUUACCAAGUUUAACUGUGAACGAUUUUUUUAAGCUCUCAUUUGGGCUAACUCCAAUUGAAUUAGACCCAACUAAGUUUGUCACAAACGAACUUACCAUUGAAAUGUUCGCUUCACUUAUCGAGCCAUCUUUAAGAGAACAAAAUCCAGCCGGAAUUUUUCGUAAUUUAUUUCCAUAUCUUGUGGAUACUAUCAGUAGAACAGUUCCAAUCAGCAGAUUAGUUAAUUACAUCCAGGAACUUAAUGAAAAUAAUGAGGACAGUGAUAUAUAUCAAAUUCUUCAACGUUUCGAAGAAUGCACUGGUAGAGAUUUCCUUAUAGCAUUUCUUGAUAAGGUUCCCAAAAAUUCUUUUUCAAAAAUUCUCCAUACAAUUGUUGCUGCCAAUAUUCCCAUUCCACUUUAUCUUUCGAAUGAUACACAUUCGCAAAAAGGCCUCAAAACUCUUAAUGGAGUGCGUGACAUUAUUGCCUCUCGCAAAUAUCACCUUUUUAUUUCUGUAAACCAAGCAAAUACUGAUUUAGAACUGCCUUUCUCGAAACAACUUUAUAAAAAUUACGCAAACAAUCGUGAAGACCUUUCGGGCAUUUGUAAUCCAAAUUCUAUUGAUAUUUCUUUCCAUUCUGCAUCAGAAAAUCAUUCUCGCCCACCCUUAGCUAUCUCGGAAGUUUACUAUGGCGAAUCAGGUUCUUCUACUCUUCGUGAGACAGUAAAGAUAUUAUCAAAAUUUGCAUUUUAUAUCAUAAUCCAUGUCUCUAAUAAUGACUUUGAUGGAAAUGAACUCAAUGACCGAUUUAUUUCUACCAUCAAUGACAUCUCCAUCGAAUGUUCUGGUGGUCAUAUACGAAAAAUUUUGACUUUAUUUUGGGGAGUCACGCCUCAGUUUUUUAAAAAUCAUAAAGAAAAGAUUGAAAAGCUAUCAUGUAAAACAUUUACUAACGAUGAAUUCGGGAUCGAGCUUGUUGUCAAUAAUAAGAAAAAUGCAUUAUUUGAAAGAAUUAAAAAGGAUUCAUUCUACAAGCUUAAAGAUACCAAAAAUUUACGGUUAGAUUGGACCUCUAUGAAUUUUUCUAAGAUCCUAAGUGAAAAUACUGAAGAUUUUUUAUUGGAAAAUGACUUUGCAUUAUCAAUGGCAAAACUUGAAACAUUUAAUUGUCGUGCUGAUAUAUUCUAUGCUUCUUAUUGUGAAAAUGAAAUUGAGACAUUACGAGAUAAAACUGAUCUCAAAACCAAAACUUCAGCGGGCUAUCAAACUGAAGCCGAAAUUUAUCGAUUAAUUCAGAAAUUUCAGGAUGAAAAAAAAAAUUUCGGAGAAACUAGACCAAUUCCAGUUCUUACAUAUUUUGCAAAUGUCAUUACGAAGAAUGAUAUUAAAUAUAUGCGUGAAUUUGCACGUCAAGCUGACGUUUACUUUAAGGAUUAUCUUAUUUCUUUAGCCCAAAAAGAUAAUGAAAUAAAAAAUAAUUCAGCUGAGAGUGAUCAAACAAAUAGACAACGAAAAGAAAUAAAGCAAAAAAUUGAAGAUUUAGAUAUAACAGUUCAUGACUUUUGGAGAGAAUUUGUUAUUUUAUCACAUAUAAUGAGAAGUGACGGCUCAUUAGUCUUAAAAAAAUUAUAUGAUAUUGACGAUAAGCAACUCGAAAAAGCAUAUAAUAUUUGGAUACGUGAAGGCGAAGCAAUUCAGAUACUAGAGGGUGUAUCGCUUAGAACAUUAAAUUCCGAUUUUCUUUCGUCUGUAUUGAGCCAAAUAAUGUCAAACUCUAAACGGCAGUUGGUAGUUCUCUCAGUCAUUGGACUUGAAAGUUCCGGAAAAUCUACAUUGUUAAAUUAUUUGUUUCAAUGUGGAUUUUCAACCUCUGCUGGACGCUUUGUUUUACGAGAUAUGAUAGAUGCUAAAAGAGCCCAAGCUCCAGCAUUUAUUGACAUUUGUGAGAGUUUAAAAAGGAUGUUUGAUGAAAUUCCGGGUUGUUCUUAUGAUAUGGAUGAGUUCAUGAUUGUAGAAGAACGUGAUGUUCACUUAUUAGAGAAUGCAUUUACUUGUUCUUUUGACGAUUUUUACCCACAAUCCAUGAACACUGAUUGCGAAAAUUUUCGCCUUUGGAAAGAAAUCGAUGCUCGUGGUAAUUUUCUUCAUUUUAAAAAUUCAAAGACGAUACAACAGUGGAGGGCAAUGAAAAAAAUAGUUCACAGUUACAAUGAAACUACAGUAAAGUCUUAUAAAGAAAAAGGAUUAAAUUUGAUAGAAAGACGAAGAUGUGAAGAGCAAUGGAAUGAAGCCAAUGAUAAAGCUUUCGAAGAUGAACUUAUUCAAGAAACAGAAACGUGGUGUACUAAUACGAUUGCUGAUUUUAAAGAAAAGAUCUCUAACCAAUAUGAACCACAAAUAAUUGAUGAGGGUGAAACAUAUAUAAAAGCAGCAUUUGCUGCUGAAAAACGAGAACUUAAAGCAAUAUAUGCAAAAAGGCAACGGCAGUCUAAAGAAUCUUGGCUAAUAACAUCAGCAGAAACGCGAAUUGGUGAGACAGUUGGGAGAAUUCUUAGAGAAAAUAAAGAUAAAACCCCUGAAGAAUUUAAACGCAUUUUUUCCAAGUCAAAAUGUGAAAAGUUAUUUAACGACGAAUGGAAAAAGGUAGAAAAUGAUAAAGAAGGUUUUAUGCGAAUAAUGAUAAUGGAAGCAAAAAAGCUAGAAGAACAUGUAGUCAAUUAUUUUAAUAAUGCUGUAGUAAGUGGACGUGCAAUAAGUAAUGACGAGAGUAAUUUAAAAGAAAGAUCAAAGUUUGACAGGAUAUUUUGGAAUAAAAUUAAGACACCUGAAACUUUAAACACUGUAUCUUUAGAUGAUGAGCAGUUUCCUGAAAGUAUUAAAUUAUCAAGAACUAAUAAAAUUAAUAUUCAUCAUUUAGGAACUUAUGUUGGUAUAAACGAUGGCAACAAAAGUUCUUUUAAAGAUGAAGUUAUAAAGCAGAUUAAGAGUGAAAUUGAAAACACUUGCAAACAAAUAUGCGAUGAUCUUUUGUUCCGGAAUGCAUUUGCAAUUGAAUUUGGCCAAGCAUUGGAGUGGCUUAAAAAAUUGUGUAAUAACAUUUUUAUCGCACAAGCUAAUCUCAACCUAUUCCAAGGGUGUUUCAAAGUUGAAAUCGAAGAUUUUAGUUUAAUGGAGAAUAAUACUGCAAAAUGGAAAGACACCCAACAAAGAAAUCUUGAAAAUCUUCGCGAAAGUUUACGGAAGCAUUUUCAUGAAAUUCUAAAAGCAUUGAUGAGCGAACAAAGAAAUCCUACACGCGUUGCCUAUGAGCGGAGUUUUGGUGCCUAUGAUGUUGAAAAAACUCGUAAAUAUAUUCAUGAUCCAACAUCAUUUAUGAGAGAAUUAUUUGAGCCUGAGGUUGAUGUUAUUAAAACUAGAGAAGUAGAUGGCAAAUUAAAAGAUAUCAAGAAAAACAUUUAUUGUGCUUUAGAAAAACUCAGUGAAAAUAUAUCAGUUUUACAACACCAUUUUUCAACAGAAUCAUCAGAUAGAUCUUUUACUCUUGAAGAAAUUUUUCAGAAAACAAAUGUGACCCUUGAUGCUAAAAAUGAAAACAUUAGUUCUCAAGAAAUAAGCUCAAAAAGUUUAAUAGAGGAUGCAAUACGCGUUCUUGGAAAAUGCAUAAUUGAUUCUCCUCGUGAUUUUUGUGCUAUUUUAAAAAAAGAAUAUAGUGAAUUUUUACUAAAUUUUAAGAGAUUAUGGAUAAAUGAAUGUGCAAAUCAUAGAAAACUAAUGAUAAAUAAAGUAGAAUAUUCUAAGGAAUCUUAUUGGAAUAAGCCUGAGAAUUUUAAUAUAUAUUAUGUUCAAGGUGAUAACAAGGACGAUCGUCUUAUAUGGGAAGAAAAUAUGAAAAAGAAUCAUCCAGAAUGGUGGCCACUUCUAGGACGAAAAGAGCCUGGUGAUGAUCAAAUAAGGCAAGUCAGAACUAUGUGGGUACAUUUAAAGGCUGAAUUAUGCAGCAAAUAUAAUUUAGUAGACAAAACACCUGCAAAUUGGCAUAGAGAUUAUGCCCAUCUUGCUAAAAAUU